AUGGCCUACUCCUCUUCCUUCAUGCUGCCCCUUCUUCUUCUUCUUUCCCUCUCCCUCUAUGCCACGAUUGCCACUGCAACCGGCCACGAACACGCUGCACCUAAAGAGAAGAUGACCCACCUGCACUUCUACUUCCACGAGAUGUACUCCGGCCCGAACGCGACCGGACUCGUCGUCGCAGUCCCACCGGGCAAGAACUCCUCCAUCGACACCUUCGGGGCGCUCAUCGUGAUCGACGACAUGCUCAGGGAAGGUCCAGAGCGGAGCUCCAAGCUGAUCGGGAGGGCACAGGGGCUCUCCGCCCAGGCCUCCCUGGAUGGCACGGCGCUGCUGACGGCCAUAAACUUCGUGUUCACGGAGGGGGAGUACAACGGGAGCACGGUGGCGAUCCUGGGCAGGGCCGUCCCCAGCGCUCCGGCGAUCGAGCGGACCAUCGUCGGAGGGUCGGGCAGGUUCCGGAUGGCGCGAGGGUACACGGUCAGCAAGGUCAUCAGCUGGGGAGGUGGAUACUUCCUCAUGGAGUUCGAUGCUUAUAUCAUUCAUCACUGA